AUCUCUCGAAAUUUAGGCGGGAUUCAUCCUCCUUAACAUAGAAGCAAGGAAUCUACAAUGGCGAAAAAGAGAAAUCAGAACACUUUACACAUAAAAAAGUCAUUUUUACAAAAGAGAAACAGACCUCAUCCAGUCUCUCUCUCAGUCUCAGUUCAUUCUUGCUUCAGUUUUUUUCUGACGCAUUCGGCUUUUCGUUUGGCUUUUGGGCCCUUUCCUUUUUAUUUUGGAACUUUUUUCGGAAGCAUAUAGAGAUGAGCUGUGAGACCGUCGGUUCAAGUCCAACCAGUCUGCAUGCAGACUGCAAAAUUGCCUCGGAUGGGUUUGAACAUAUUUUUCAGAGAAUGAUGAACAUGGAUACUUGUUUUAACUGCAAAAAGCAGGGCCAUUGGGCCAGAGACUGCCCUAACAUCCCCAGCGGCCAGGAUUUCCCGGUUGUGCACUGCUCUUGCGGGGCUGGACCAUGCGUCGUUCUUACGUCCCGCACGGAGAAGAACCCUGGGAGAAAAUUCUAUUCGUGCCCUGUGACUGACAAAAAAUGCGGCUUUUUCAAGUGGUGUGACAUGGUUCGUUCUGAUCGAAGGUGUGAUGUUCCCCAGUCUUCGUAUGGUGCUGAAGUGCACAUUCCUACACUAAAAAGUAGGGGGAAUGCAUGUAUUGGGGAAAAGGUAAACUCUGGGUCCGGUUAUGGACGAAGAAUUCCCGAGUCAGAGCCUAGCCCUAAGAAGGAAGAAUUGCCUGAUUCCAGAGACCAAGUUAGGGAUUAUCAAUCUAUUUCUCAGAGGGAUAGAUGUUUUCACUGCCUAAAGCAAGGGCAUUGGGCUCAUGAGUGCCCUAACAGAACCACAAAGAAAAUAGAGCUUUCUGGAGGCAGGCCUACCAUAGUUGAUACUGCAGUGUACCUCAACAAACAAUGCCCUUGUGGGGUUGGAGCUUGCCUCAUUUUGACAUCAAAUACAGAGAAGAAUCCUGGGAGGAAGUUUUAUAGAUGCCCCGGUAAAGCUGGCAGAAAAUGCAACUUCUUCCAGUGGUGUGACCUGGAGACAGCUGAUGAAAGACAUGAUGCUCUUCAGUCUGUGUAUCCCUUGUGUUCUUGUGGUGCUGGAGUUUGCAGUCUCUUAACAGUGAAAAAUGGAAGAAAUGCAGGGCGAAAGUGUUUUGUCUGCCCAGUGAAAAGGGGACAAGGAGCUUGUAAUUUCUUCCAGUGGCAAGAUGCUCCAGCAAAAGCAACAAGUACCAGUCAUUUAGAUGAGAACAAACCCUGCAGUUCUCCUAAUUCAGCAUCUUAUUGCCAGAACGAGGCAGGUGGUGCAAUGAAGGAUAAUCAUUAUAAUAAUUUAGAGGAAAAUUUGACCCCUGGGUUGGCAGAGGAAGAAUCCUCAUUGUUCAGAGAAUUCCAUUCCAAGAUUGAGACAGAUGGAUCAGGAAUUGGGAUUGAUGAUUGUUAUCCUCCAAUUGAAAGAUUGGAUUUAGAAUAAAUCGAGAAUGCUAAUGUUAUUACUAAGCCAUGCAUUGAAGGCACUCAAAUUGGUAUUCAAAUUGUCUCUGACCCAUAUAUGAGUGAAUACAAAGGAUAUUCUUUUCUUAAAGAGAGUGUGGAGCAUCAUAUCUCCCGUGGACUCAAGAAUGCUACCUAUUCCAUCAGUUCUUUGGAUGAGAAAAAGGAUAUUUCAAGCAAACUUCCUUGUACUCCUCAGCUUGACCUAUGCAUGCAUGGACAACCUUCCUUUUUUCUUGAGUUUAAUGGUGCUUCAAAAAGAAACCCUGGAAAAGCUGGUGCUGGAGUUAUACUACGAGCUGAAGAUGGAAGUGUGGUUUGGCGAGUACGUGAAGGUGUGGGAAUUGCUUCCAAUAAUGUUGCUGAAUAUUGAGCCUUGAUUUUAGGAUUGAAAUUUGCGCUUAAAGAAGGGAUUCAACAGAUUUUUGCCCAAGGAGACUCAAAACUUGUCUGUAUGCAGGUUGCAUGUAUUCUGGAUCUGCAAGCAGGAGAUUGGGAACAAAUCCACCAGUUCAGGGUCAAUGGAAGGUCAAGAAUUCCAACAUGAUUAACUUGUGCAAGGAAGCCAAGAAACUAAAGGAUACACUUCAUUCUUUUGCGAUUAAUCAUGUUUCCAGGUUAUCUAUGUAUAUUUCCUUGUAGAAUUUAUUUGACACAGUUCUUUAAUAGAAGUCGAUUGUUUUCAUUUUCUGGCAACUCUAAUUUUUCUUGCUUUGUUUAUUUCAUGGCUAAAAUAUUUUGUGACUUGAAUUAAUAUUUGCUGAAGCACACGCAAAAAUAAGUUCUUCAUUUGGGAACCAUUAUUAUAGUUCGUACAUUUUCCCUUGGACUGUUUUUCUACGUGCAUGCUUUAGGCACAAAAAAUAUGCUUCAUUAAGUUAUAUGAUAGAUGUCCAGGUCAUAGCCAUGGUAAGAUGGUUGCCUAAGGUAAAAACAUAUAGAAUAUCUAAAUGUUCACUCAACUGAGCACAUUUUUUUUUAAUGGAUCACAUGAAGGUUCAUCCAUUCACUGUAUAGAACCAUAUCUUGAUAAUGCAGUGCAUAACUUUUAGGAUAGGCCUAGGCAUGAACUUAACAUGUUUGCAAUUUUGCAUCAUUAUUGAGUGGUGGUUCCAGCUUUCCAAGGUCUUGGGAGGGGUAGACUGGAUACAGAUCCGACCUUUGGCUUUUUUGGCACAAAGUACCCACUAAAAUAAUUGGAACGUCAUUCUCACACUUGUCAUCCUAAAUUUUACCUUUGCAUCAAGCAAUGACCCCUUGAACUUGAAACAUGUUAUUCGUUUUGAGUGUAAUUUGGAAAUUGGUUUUGUUCCUACAUCUAAUGUCACAAACCCCUAUUGGCAAGAAAAGCUCAACAUGGUCACUAGGGUCUAGGAGGAGAUACGUAAUUACAUAUAUUUUAGAAACAACCUGCUUGCUUGAGGAUAUGUGUUCCUUUGAUAUUCUUAGAUAACACCAAGAAACUUGUAAUCAUCCUUGCUUGUCCAGCCCUGAUCAGUCAUGGGUAGAAUAUUAAUGUGAUGUAGUUAUGAUGUUGUAGAUCCUUGUUUGCUUGUAUUUGCACAGUUCAAAUCCCUUAACUGUGCCCAUGAUGCUGGAAACAUGCAAACCGUGUUAUAAAUCAGCUAAUCAACUGUUAAAUAUGAACAUUUUCUCCUUAGUAUUACAUUUCAUUUAUGUUCUUUUUUAUAGUUAAAAUUAGUUAGCAUACUGCCAUCGACAUCAUUAGUCAAGAAUGUAAUCAAUGAAUAAACUUUUUCCAAUUUCAUCUUGUCAAAACUGAUUUCUUUUCUGAGUGUUUCUAUGUAUCUGUUUUUUAUUUGUUUUCYUUGUUUGUUCUCCACUGGUUACUGACUCAUCUGACACAUUCCACUAUACCUACCAUAGGACUUCAACUUGGCCGCCGAUGUCCAAGCAAAUUUAGCAAUAAAUCUUGAGGAUGGUGAGGUUGAAGAGGAAGUCAGAGUGAAGAACAAAACUGGUUUUUUCCCGACUGGCUGAAUACGAGUGCUUCAAUAGAGAUGGUGGUCAAUGAAGCAACCAGGGCAUCCAAGAUUUCUACGCGCCAACGUGAGGGGGAGUAUUGGCCUGAGCUGUAAACGAGGAGAGUAUCCCUUAAUUCCGGGAUAACUCUUAUCAUAGUAAUUUGUAUGUAACUAGGAAAGGAAGAACAAGACAGUUCGGGUGUAACUAGGAGAGGUGUGUAUAUAACUCAUUCGUUGCAAAGGAAAAAAUAAGAAAAAAGGAAGAGUUUUUCUCCUUC